AUGCAUGAUUGUGUCAAUUCGGUGGCCGAGUAUUUCCGGUUGAGUCGCGGAUACCGGUGCAGAAUCCGUGCCGUAUCUGCGAGUGCCGUGACUUUGGCCGCACUCUGGGGUCAACUGAUGGCCGAAAUAGACUGCGGAGUGGGUAUCGAGUGUUUGGAGGAGGCGUUUGGCCUCAAACCGGAGCCCAACUGUUAUUUUGCUUAUGAGAGGGACCGGUCUGCGCCAACACUACCCGAACCCAAAACCAGCCCAAACGACAAGGUGUGCACAUAUGGGGGCCGACAGUACAGACGGGGAGAGAGGAUAUAUCCGGAUGAGGAUAACUGCAAGAUAUGCCACUGCGAUGAGCACUGGGACGACUCCAACCCCCUGUCCUGUCAUCGACAUCAAUGCGAAAUACAGUUGAACAGGGAUUUUGCCGCCGAUUUACUUUGA